CUAUGAAUGAUCGUCGACAUAUGUGUUUGAUGCUUUCCAUGUACAUAUUGUCGCUUUCAUUCAAGACCUUUCCUGCUGAUUCAGAGCCUAUGAAUUCAAACACAGAAUGCAAAAAAUCCAGCAAGAGUUUUGAGGAAGGAUGGCCUUUGCUUCAGACAGCUGUUGACAGAAUCAUUAAUCAAGUAGAAGGGGUUGACAACUCGAGUUUCACAUCUCAGGAAUACAUGUCCUAUUAUACAACUGUUUAUGAAUUGUGUACAGAUCAACAGCAUCUUAAAAAUUCCAAGAAACUAUAUGACCAAUAUAAGAAGAUCUUUGAAGAAUAUAUUAAUUCCACUGUUCUGCCAUCUUUGCGAGGAAAGAAAGAUGAAAAUUUGUUGAGAGAACUACUCAGAAGAUGGUCAAAUCACAAAAUUAUGACCAGGUGGCUCUCAAGAUUCUUUAAUUAUCUUAACAGAUAUGAUAUCCCUAGAUGGGAGCUUCCUUCUCUUCUAGAAACUAGCUUCUUAUCCUUCUAUGACUUGGUAUAUGGUGAGAUGAAUAAACAAGUGGUGGAUGCUAUACUAUAUAUGAUUGAUCAGGAACGUGCAGGAGAGCAGAUCAAUCGAACAUUGAUUAAUAACACGUUGGCUAUCUACUCUGAGAUUGGAGAUAGCACAAGAAUAAUCAAUGCAAAACACUUUGCGGAAAGAAUGAUUAUAGAAAAUGUAGCAUUCUAUUAUGAUGGGGCUUCAACUUGGAUAGCAAGUUCUUCCUUUAAGUAUAACAAGCCAAAGGAAGAGAAAUUGCAUGACAGUCCAAUAGCUUCAUCAAAGAAAAUCAACUUGAUAAGCUCUAAUGGAGAUGUGUUUGAAAUAGACUAUUCCGUGGCACUUAUGUCAAAAACAAUCAAGGAUGCUAUUAAAUCCUAUUCUUCAAGUGAUAUUGAUAGCAUUCAUUUUUCUAUAGUGAGUAGCAGAAUCUUGGCCAUGGUCAUUGAAUACUGCAAUAAGCACACCAAAGCUUCCAAUUCCAAUUACAAAGAAGACACUUCAGAUGUUGAUCUCAAGGAAUGGGAUACUGAAUUCGUGAAGGUUCACCAACAAACUCUGUUUGAUCUUAUUGUGUCUGCAAACUACUUGAACAUCAAAAGUUUGCUAGACCUUACGACCAAUGAAGUAGCACAAAUGAUUAGAGGUAAGACUCCAGAUGAAAUCCGCAAAUUCUUCAACAUUAAGGAUGACUUUAUCCAACCAGAGGAAGAUGAAUUUCGUGAACACUGAAUAGUAUCUUGAGAUUUUCAGCUGAAAUUAUACAUAUAGACUAUGGGUUUAUUUCAUGCUUAGAUUUUCCUUUCCUCUUUUAUGUCACUCUAUUACUGAAGAAAUAUUUAUAUAAACUUAAUAAGUGCAUUAGACCAAUUUUCCUUUCAAGUUAUAGAACAAGUAAAAUACACAUUUUAGAGUGACUUUGGAGUCGGUUUGAAUUUUGGAGAAAUUAAACCCUAAAUUCAGUAAAUUGAUUAAAU